CAUUUCUCUACAGAUGAGAUCGCAUCCGAUGUGCAUUACCAGCUUUUCUUGAUACCCAAAAUAGUUACCAUCAUCAUACCAUUGAAACAUGUCUCACGUGUGGUCAGUCCAUGCCCCAUAUUGGCAGAGCCCCAAUCAUGCCAGUCAAUUGGUGGUCGACAAAAAUCGUGUUUCUCGUGGUAUUGUACAGCCGAGACCUGUACAAGAAAAGCUCAAGAGCAUACCAGAUGCAUUGCCGGCGCUAAAACUCAUACUACAUGAAGAGCGCCGGAACAGCCUCAACUUCUUCACGAAUACACAUGGCGUUCGAAUCGAGCGCCAUGCUAUUGCGCAUACUAACGGCGUUGUUCAGUACUUCACCAUCUCGGAACCAGAGUCAGAUGGACACAUAGGCAGGCAUAGCAUCGUUACACGAUGGAAGUCCAUCAACGGCGAACCGGAGCUCGAUAUCAAAACCGGUGGAAGUACUGAGUGGAUGUGCAUGCCUGCCAGAUCGUGGCUGAUAAAAAGAUAUGGCGGCGAUGUCACUCGUCGCGACUUGUUGGACGAGUGGUUCGAUCGUUAUCACACGUCGUUUCGAUUCAUGGACCUUCCGCGUGAACUGCGGUUUAUGGUCUUCGAGGCAUCGAUAGGGCCGGUGUUAUGGCCUGAUCGUAGAGUCUCUGAAGAGUCGGAAGCAGCUCCGAAUGCUGGCUGCCGUGCACAUGAUGCAGCACCUGCAUCACAUCAUGAUCAGAAAGAAACACUACUUGACACAUCUGUAGAAGAGGCGCAGUCAAACGUCAACACUUGGCCCAGGGGCAUGUCCAUCGACGCGCCAAGAUUGAGAGACAAAGUAUCUUGCCAUCACCCACUAUCAAGCCGUCCUUACGGAUCGACCCGCGAAGCUACCCGUUGGAUCAAAACCCUACUGCUCGUCAGUAAAGCAUUUGGUUCCGAAGCCCAGAAGACAAUCUGGGAAAGCACAACCAAGAAAUUCGGCAACAUAGCAACUCUGACCAGGAUGAUCCCCCACCUUGACGCCCUCCCAUUCAACACCCUCCGCCGGGUAUCACUCACAUUCAGCGAUCGUGCAUACCUCCGUCUCCUCGGAUACAAAACCACCGCCGAACUGGCAUUCGCGCCACUUCCCACCGAAAAAGCCAACAGCUUGAGCGCUCUGACUUCCAUCAACAGCAUCGACUACCUCGACCUCCACUUCCAAGCCCCCCUUCCUUUCCGAUUCUUUAGCGGUAGAAUGCAUCCCGUUACGCAGUUCAAACUCGAUCCUGUCGUCAUUCUGUGUCAGAAAGUGUGGAUUGAGUGGUUUCUCACGCUGUUGUAUGAGAAGUUUGCGCAAGGGUAUCAGGAGGGUAGUAAUGUGCCGAUGGUGAGUGUUAGUGGAGAUGUAAAGGAUAGUACGAGGCGGGAGUGGGAGCCGGUAUGGGGGGAGUUUAAGCAUGGAGUGAGAAGGGACUUUGCGCAAAAGGCGGCAGAGAUCAAGGCUACGCCUGCUGCCACGUGUCCACCGAUUUGCUACUGCGAUAACCCGUGUGCUUGGGUAGAAGCCGCAUUGCCGAACCCCGGUUGUGGAUGUGAAGUUGUUGCCGAGUUUAACUGCAGGGGUUAGCUCAACAUGCGGAGUAUAUGAUAGACAUCAUCUUGAAUCACUGAGAAACAUGCCGCC